AAUCAGUUAUUGUCAUUCCGUAGUACGUUACAGUUAUAAACAUAGACAGAUAUAAACACUAACCUGACUACUGCAGUGCACUUGUGCGGUACGGUGGCCCGGAAGGGAAACUCAGGGUUUCCAACACCAACAGCUGGCGCACUGUGCUGUCUCAGAGACAGUCUCAGCGACUUUUCAGCCAUGAUGGAACUAUCUUAUCAAUCGAUGAAAAUUGCCCACCGGGCACGGGAGGCGGAUGAGCUAAAGACCGACAUGAGGAGGAAGAGCCUUCUUGUGCUGAUCUACCAUCAUCUGAUGGGUCAGGGCUACGUAGCAGCAGCAGUGGCUUUGGAUCAGGAGACAAACGGGGGUUUGAGGAGGUUCGAGGUUUGUGACAACAUCGAUCUGGAGAUGGUGCUGAUGGAGUACGAGAGUUAUCAAUUCGUCAAGUUCCAGAAGUGCCCCAAACUUAUCAGGAAAACAACAGAGACAGGUGACAGCCGACUGGCCAAAAAUAUUGCAGUCAAGAGGAACUCCAGUUCAGCUGUCAAGCUUCUCCCCAAAAUCGUCUCAUCCUCUGGGCUACAGUGUGGAAAUGCAGCCAAGAAAACAGCAACCACUGAGAACGGUUCCUCUGCAGCAGCGGAGUCGUCAGAGUUUGGUCUCAACGUUUCCUCCAUCAAAAAUGGGCCCACUGAGGAGGCUGCCAUCAACAAGAAGGGCCAAACGCCUGAUGGAAAAGCUCCGAUCCAUGAUGCGCUCAGAGGAGCUGGCUUCGACUCAGACCACAUGGAGCGGCUACUGAAGCCUCUCAGCGGCUUCUCUGGGCUCGGGGGUGAGAUGAGAGAACUGGCUGAAAUCAUCAGCAGGGACAUCUAUUCGCACAGCCUGAACGUGCGUUGGGAGGACAUCAUCGGCCUGGAGGAUGCCAAGCGAUUAGUCAAAGAGGCCGUCGUUUAUCCCAUUAAGUAUCCCCAGCUGUUUACAGGCAUCUUAUCUCCAUGGAAGGGCUUGCUGCUCUAUGGUCCUCCAGGCACGGGAAAGACCCUGCUGGCCAAAGCCGUGGCCACAGAGUGUAAGACAACCUUCUUCAACAUCUCAGCCUCCAGCAUUGUCAGCAAGUGGAGGGGAGACUCGGAGAAACUGGUCAGGGUUUUGUUUGAGCUGGCCAGAUACCAUGCCCCGUCCACUAUCUUCCUUGAUGAGCUGGAGUCGGUGAUGGGCCAGAGGGGGAGCAGUUUGGGUGGGGAGCACGAGGGGAGUCGGAGGAUGAAGACCGAGCUGCUGGUCCAGAUGGAUGGACUUGCAAAAUCGGACGACCUGGUGUUUGUACUGGCUGCCUCCAAUCUGCCGUGGGAACUGGACCACGCCAUGCUGAGGAGGCUGGAAAAGAGGAUACUCGUGAGUCUUCCCUCUUCACCCGCUCGCCAAGCCAUGAUCUCUCAUUGGCUGCCUCCCCUGAGCUCUACGGGGGGGGUGCAGCUACGAACUGCCCUGGACUACAAACUGCUGGCAGAGGAGACGGAGGGAUACUCCGGCUCUGACGUCAGACUGCUGUGUAAAGAGUCCGCCAUGAGACCGGUUCGAAAGAUUUUUGAUGCGCUGGAGUCGCAUCAGGAUGGAGACAAUGACAUCUCUGCCAUCCAACUGGGAACUGUAGCUACGGCUGACUUCUUGGAAGUGAUCGCGCACACCAAACCGUCGGCCCGAAACCUAAUGGAGAGAUACACAGCCUGGGAGAGGGAGUAUGAGUCUGUCUGAUGUUCAGACAAAACGGACUUGUACACAACCAUGACAUCUCCAUAUUAUAUAUCAUAUGUUUGUUUGUUUGUUUUUUCC